AUGGCGGCUUCUGAGGCGGCGGCGGCGGGUCCCGCGGCUCUGGCCUCGGGCACCCCGGCCGUUCUGGCGGCUGCGAGGGGAGCCGCCGCCGCCUCGGGCUCGUGGGGGCCCCCUGGACGGCUGAGAGGCAGCCGGCCGCGACUCACGGCCACGAGCCAGCAGCCCGCAGCUCCAGUGCCGCCGGCCCGGGAACUGAUCCAGCCGUCGGUGAGCGAGCUGUCUCGGGCCGUGCGGACCAACAUUCUCUGUACCGUGCGCGGCUGCGGCAAGAUUCUCCCCAACAGCCCGGCGCUCAACAUGCACCUGGUCAAGAGCCACCGCCUGCAGGAUGGCAUAGUGAAUCCAACAAUAAGAAAAGAUUUGAAAACUGUACCGAAAUUCUACUGUUGUCCAAUUGAAGGAUGCCCCCGAGGCCCUGACAGACCAUUCUCUCAGUUUUCUCUUGUAAAACAGCAUUUUAUGAAAAUGCAUGCUGAGAAGAAGCAUAAGUGUAAUAAGUGCAGCAAUUCCUACGGCACCGAGUGGGACUUGAAAAGGCACGCAGAGGACUGUGGCAAGACCUUCCAGUGCACGUGCGGCUGUCCUUAUGCUAGCAGAACGGCACUGCAGUCACACAUCUACCGGACUGGCCACGAGAUCCCUGCAGAGCACAGGGAUCCACCUAGUAAGAAAAGGAAAAUGGAAAACUCCAUGCAUACCCAGAAGUUAUCCAGUCAGACCAGUGAAUCACUAGUGAAUAAGCCAGCCCCUGGAUCAGACACUCAAGAACUAGAGUCUUCAGAAAUAAAACUAAUAGCUUCUUUUGAAGAUUCUUGCAGCUCUAAUGCCAGAAAACAGACUCUUACAACACCUCCAAGAUAUCCUCAGAAGUUGCUUCUGCCGAAGCCCAAGGUGGCACUGGUUAAACUGCCUGUUAUGCAGUUCUCUCCUAUGCCUGUCUUGGUGCCUACAGCUGACUCCUCGGCCCAGCCUGUGGUGGUAGGAGUCGAUCAUCAGGGCUCUACCACAGGUGCUGUACACUUGCUUCCCUUGUCGAUAGGAACCCUGGUUCUCGGCCUUGACUCAGAGGCUUGCUCUCUUAAGGAGAGCCUUCCCUUUUCAAAAAUUUUAAGUCCUAUUGCUGUUGAGCCAGUUAGUACAGGUGUCCAAGUGAACUUGCGGAAAAGUCCAUCUAAUACCUUACAAGAACCAGGGAAUACAUGUCAAAAGAACAGCAUUACUUCAAUCAACAUACAGACAGAUCUGUCUUAUGCCUCACAAAACUUGAUCCCUUCUGCACAAUGGGCUGUCUCAGAUUCCUCUGUGUCAUCUUGUUCGCAGACCGAUUUGACCUUUGGUUCUCAAGUUUCACUUCCCAUUAGUGUUCACACACAGACAUUCCUGCCCAACUCUAAGGUAACUUCAUCGAUAGCCGCACAGACCGAUGCCUUUAUUGAUGCUUGUUUCCAGUCUGGUGGGAUCUCCAGAGAAACCCAGACCAGUGGAAUGCCGAGUUCUGUGGAUGACCGAGUGCAGAUGGACCAAGUUGCAAUGUGCGGAGACAUGUUUGAGAGUGUCCAUUCAUCAUACAGUGUUCCCACAGACAGUAUGAUAAGCAACGGUUUAGUAGCAGGUACUGUAACUCAUCAUGGUUUGUUACCUCACCAUGACCCAAAGAUUCUAAAUCAAGAUAUGGAGAAAUCUACACCGGUGAUAAACUUCAGUGCACAAAAUACUAUGCUUCCCUCACAAAACAUGACGGAUAAUCAGACCCAAACCAUAGACCUACUAAGUGACCUAGAAAACAUCCUGUCAACUAACCUGCCUGGUCAGACACUGGAUAACCGCAGUCUACUACCUGAUGCGAAUACCGUACCUGACACACAGCUCCCAUCCGGCCCAACUCAGAAUCCAGGAAUCGAUUUUGAUAUUGAAGAGUUUUUUUCAGCCUCAAAUAUCCAAACUCAAACUGAAGAGAGUGAACUUAACCACAUGAAUACUGAGCCAGUCUUAGAAUCACUGGACAUAGAGACCCAAACCGACUUCUUACUGGGAGAUCCCUCUACUCAGUCUUACAGCUGUAGGGAGAAUUCUAACUUCUUAGGUCUUGAAAUGUUUGAUACGCAGACACAGACAGACUUAAACUUCUUUUUGGACAGUAACCCUCACCUGCCUCUGGGAAGUAUUCUGAAACACUCCAGCUUUUCCAUGAGUACUGAUUCAUCAGACACAGAAACCCAAACAGAAGGGCUCUGCACUGCUAAAAACAUAGCUGCUCUGGAAAGCAAAGUACAGUUGAAUAGUAUAGAAACCCAGACCAUGAACUCUGGUCUGGAAACCUUGGGGAGUUUAUUCUUCACCAGCAAUGAAACUCAGACAGCAAUGGAUGAUUUUCUCCUGGCCGAUCUGGCCUGGAACACAAUGGAGUCUCAGUUCAGUUCUGUAGAAACCCAGACGUGUGCAGGACUACACACAGCCUCUGACUUCUGA